AUGUCUCGUUAUGCGUCCAAGGCCAAACAACCCUCUCAGGCAGAUCAGCCGCCACCAAUCGCGACUAUCAAGUAUCAGGUCGAUGAUGGCGUGCGACAUACCUCGGAACAAGCUUGGAACAGGGGCUACACGAACAACCCCAACAUAAAGCAGAUUCCUGUGCCAUACGCUCUACAUGAUCUGCGCGCAGUAGCUUUUCCCAACGGCGCAGACUGGUCUUGGUCACAUUCUGCAGAGAUCUUGAAGGAUUACGGCUUCACUGCUAUUAAGUUUGACCCAAAAUGGGCCAAAGUGGAUGACGAGGUGCAGGCCGGAGAUUACGAUGACUUGCAGACAUUAGAGGAGACUUAUUUCCCUGAAGUGAAAGAGUCUGUCCUCAAAUUGACAGGGGCGAGGCAAGUAUUCAUCACAAACAGCAUCGUUCGAAGAGGUGAUGCGCCGGUUAAGAAACCUGCGAAUGGAACCGGUAGCUCGGUGGUCGUCAAUAGCAAAGACCAGAAGAGCGUGCCUGAUGAUUACAAAGCAUCGGAUGAAACUCGGCCAACGCAUCUUGCAUCCUUUGACAACUCGAGGCCUGCGAGAGGAGCACAUGUAGACUAUACGCCUGUUGGUGCUCGGCGCUCCAUCCGUCGCUGGAGGCCAGACAUUCGCAAAGCCGCGCUUGAAGCCGGAAUCAUCGACGCCGAGGACAAUAUUUGCGCCUCAGCUAAGCUUGACGCUCAAGAAAAGGCGAGCAACGAUAUCAUCGAUGCAAAGUACAACGCGGGCGGCAAGCUGGGACCGCGUUACGCAGCCUACAGCGUCUGGCGGCCCAUGCGAACAGUUACGCGGGAUCCGUUAGCAAUGGCGCCUCGGUGGUCUUUCCCCAAGGACGGGGCUUUAGGAUUUCUAGGGUAUGAGUCUCGAAUGUUAGCUGCGCCUUCUAUGGGUGGUGACUUUCUGCGAGAGCUGGAAUCUGUGGUUAUCAGUGAAGCGGAUGCAAGAGCAUACGAGAACUUGGGGGUGACGGCGAGUGGACUGGAGAGUCCGCAGUGGUACUAUCUACCGGAGCAAAAGCCAGACGAGGUCAUUGUGCUCAAGUUUUUCGAUAGUGCUGCUCUUGGGGGAGGUUUGGUGUCUGGUGAUGUUGGGGGUGCGCCUCAUGCGAGUCCUGAUCUUGGCGAUGCUGCUUACGGAUCUGCUCGUUGGAGUAUUGAAGUUAGAUGUAUCGCCGUAUGGUGA